AUGAAGACCAUAUUGUCCUAUUUUUUAUUUAUUUUGAUUCCUGUAUUAAUAUCCUCUGAUUUCAUCAUAAGAGAAGUAGGCCAUCAUAAGGUGUAUUGUAACAUUAACAUGUUUGUUCAUCCUUUUCUUGGCUGGGAACAGAAGAGGAGCACAGUGGACCACAGAAGAACACCUCUGAGGGAGCUUGAAAUCUACAGCAUGAAGAUCGAUUCCAAAAUAACCUCACGGUUUGCUCACAAUGUGAUAAUUAGCCGAGUGGUAAAUCGAGCUAAUGCAUCCAGGGAAGCCUUCUUCGAGAUAGACCUACCCUCAACUGCCUUCAUCACCAACUUCAGCAUGACUCUGGAUGGAGUAACAUAUGUGGGAGCUGUGAAAAAGAAAGAAGAGGCUGAGGAGCAGUACCAACAUGCAGUUUCACAGGGACAGACAGCAGGGAUCGUAAAGAAAUCAGGAAGGAAAACAGAAAAGUUUGAAGUGUCAGUUAAUAUUGGACCAACCAAAAAAGUCACAUUUGAACUGAUUUAUGAAGAAUUAUUAAAACGUAACCUAGGGAAGUAUGAAAUGAACAUCCAAGUGAAACCCAAGCAGCUUGUCAAUCACUUCCAGAUUGAUGUACAUAUUUUUGAACCACAAGGCAUUUCCUUUCUGGAUGUUGAUUCCAGUUUCCUAACACAUAAUCUGACUUCCCUCGUGGAAAAGACUGUAAGAGGAACAAAGGCACACGUCUCCUUCAAACCAACACUUGAGCAACAGCGCAAGUGCCCUGAUUGUCACGACACAGUUCUGGAUGGAAACUUCAUCAUACGUUAUGAUGUCAAUAGAGACCUGUCUGCUGGCAGCAUUCAGAUUGUAAAUGGAUAUUUUGUACACCAUUUUGCACCUGCUAACUUAACCAGGAUUCCAAAAAAUGUUGUAUUUGUGAUAGACCACAGUGGAUCUAUGUCAGGAACUAAAAUGCACCAGACAAAUGAAGCACUUCUAAAGAUACUAGAUGACAUGGAUGAAAUGGAUCAUUUUGCCAUUAUCAUAUUUGAUGAUUCUCAUCAAACAUGGAGGAAUUCCCUGUUUCAAGCAAAUCAAGAUAAUGUGGCUUCAGCAAAAACGUAUGUGCAAACAAUUACAGCCAAUGGAGCAACAAACAUAAAUGAUCCCAUGUUGGAGGCAGUGAGACUUCUGGACAAGGCUCAUCAGAGAAAGCAACUGCCUGAGAGAAGCGUCUCCAUGAUUAUUUUGUUAACUGAUGGGGAUCCAAAUAGUGGGGUAUCAAAUCCUGUGAUAAUUCAGAAAAAUGUUAAAAAUGUUGUAAAAGGGAGGUACAAUGUGUAUGCACUUGGCUUUGGUUAUGAUGUUAAAUUCAGCUUUCUGGAGAAAUUGGCUCUGGAAAAUAAUGGAAUAGCACGGCGGAUCUAUGAGGAUUCGGAUGCUAGCUUACAGCUCCAGGGUUUUUAUGAUGAAGUGGCAAACCCCUUGCUUCUGGAUAUUGAACUGCAAUACCCAGGGAAUGCCAUUUCAGAAUUAACUCAAACCAGUUUCAGACAGUAUUACCAUGGAUCUGAAAUUGUUGUGUGUGGCAGGAUUUCAGACAGUUCCCUGGAAUCACUCACAACAGAUGUUGUGGCUCAGACCGGCAAUGAAAAACUGACUUUAAAAGCUGACGUGAAUAUCUCAGAGGCUGAGAAUAUUAUUCAACAACAGCAAUACAUUUUCGGUGACUUCACUGAGCGUCUAUGGGCUUACCUGACCAUACAACAACUCCUAGAGCAGCGGAUUUCUUCAAAUAAGAACAAAUCAAAAAAACUAACAGAGAGAAUCCUGGAACUUUCACUGAAAUACAGUUUUGUCACACCGCUAACAGCAAUGGUUGUCACAAAACCAGAGGAUGCAGGGAAUGAAACACUUGUGGCUGACAAACCAUCAGAUAGUGCUCAUGCUGCUCCACAAAUUCCUGUUCAUGCUGCUACACGCAUUUCUGCUGGAAUUCACAGUCCUGCAUAUGUUCAUGCUGCUCCACAAAUUCCUGGGCUAUUCCACGGUCAACGCAGAAGGAUUUCUGCAGGAUUGCAUCCUAUACAGCUUGUGGAUUAUGACAGCUAUGACAGUCUACCAUUUCGCGUCACUGAUUUGCCAUUAACCACUGUUGAUGUCACUGAAUCGCCAAUAACCACUGAAGCACCCAGUUUUAUACAAGAUAAAAUCAGUCUUACAAUGGUUGACAGUGAGCUUCAAUUCAUCACAACAGUCAACAAUCAUAAAGAUGCUGUUUGUUUCAACAUUGAUGGGAAACCAGGUGUUAUCCUAAAUCUGAUUGCUGAUCCAUAUACAGGGAUCAUGGUAAACGGCCAGCUGACAGGAGAAAUGACAAUAGAAAAGAAUAAGAAAAUGAACACAUAUUUUGGAAAGUUUGGACUAAUGAACAUCAAGACAAAUCUAAAAGUUGAAGUAUCGACUCAAGAGAUUACAGUCUUACGUGGAGAAGGCAAAAUAGUUCUCCCAUGGUCGACAACAACAUCUUUAACAAUACAGAGCUUCUCAAUCUCAGUUGUGAAAGAAAGAAAUUUUACAUUGUCAAUGGGAGAGAAUGCAACAUUUGUUAUUUUACUGCAUCGUGGCCGGAAAAACCUUCCUCUGCACAGAGACAGUCUGCAACUUUAUACACUUGGCAGCCACAGUCUCUCAAAUAUGACCCAUGGAUUACUUGGACAAUUUUACCAUGACAUAAAUGCUGAGAUCAAUGAUAUUCGCCCUGGUGAUGCAACAAUGAUUGUAAAGGGUCACAAACUCAGAGUCACAAGGGGGCACCAGAAGGAUUACAGAUUUGAUGCAAGACGUGGUAACAAAAUUUCAUGCUGGUUUGUUCAUGACAAUGGGAAAGGAUUUAUUGAUGGAACUCCUGAUGACUACAUUGUCUCUUCAUUAUUUGAACCGCUAUAUCCAUUACCUAAGACCAAAUGA